CGGGUGGAGGUGACGGUCAUCUGAUCUGCAGCGGCUUCAGAGGCCCAGGCACUGAAGGCUGAGGGUAUGAUGGCGGCAACAGUGGUGUCUCGGAUGCGAAUGGGAACACGGCGGCUCCCAUUCCUGUGGCUGCCUCUGUCGUUGGUGGCGGUAGCGGUGGCGGCGGCGGCGGCAGUGGCCACUGAGCAGCAGGUGCCACUGGUACUGUGGUCGAGUGACCGGGACCUGUGGACUCCCGUGGCCGACACACAUGAGGGCCAUAUCACCAGCGAUAUGCAGCUUUCUACCUACUUAGACCCUGCCCUGGAGCUGGGCCCCCGCAAUGUACUGCUGUUCCUGCAGGACAAGCUAAGCAUUGAGGAUUUCACAGCAUACGGUGGUGUGUUUGGAAAUAAGCAGGACAGUGCCUUUUCUAACCUGGAGAAUGCCCUGGAUUUGGCCCCCUCCUCAUUGGUGCUUCCUGCUGUGGACUGGUAUGCAAUCAGCACUCUGACCACCUACCUUCAGGAGAAGCUUGGGGCUAGUCCCCUGCAUGUGGAUCUAGCUACCCUAAAGGAACUGAAGCUCAAUGCCAGCCUCCCUGCCCUGCUGCUUAUCCGUCUGCCCUACACAGCCAGCUCCGGUCUGAUGGCGCCCAGGGAGGUCCUCACAGGCAAUGAUGAGGUCAUUGGACAGGUACUGAGCACACUCAAGUCUGAAGAAGUCCCUUACACCGCGGCUCUUACUGCAGUCCGCCCUUCUAGAGUGGCCCGUGAUGUAUCCAUGGUGACUGAGGGUCUAGGUCGCCAGCUGCUUCAGACUCAGGUGGCAGCACCUAUGAUCCAUCCUCCUGUGAGUUACAAUGACACUGUUCCAAGGAUCCUGUUCUGGGCACAAAACUUCUCUGUGGCAUACAAAGAUGAGUGGAAAGACUUGACUUCCCUCACAUUUGGUGUGGAGAAUCUUAACUUGACUGGCUCCUUCUGGAACGACUCCUUUGCUGUGCUUUCACUGACCUAUGAACCACUCUUUGGUGCAACAGUGACAUUUAAAUUCAUUCUGGCUAGUCGCUUUUAUCCAGUGUCUGCCCGAUACUGGUUUACCAUGGAACGGCUUGAAAUCCACAGCAAUGGUUCUGUUGCCCAUUUUAAUGUUUCCCAAGUCACAGGACCCAGCAUCUAUUCUUUCCACUGUGAGUAUGUCAGCAGUCUGAGCAAGAAAGGCAAUCUCCUUGUGACCAACGUGCCCUCACUUUGGCAGAUGACUCUUCACGACUUCCAGAUCCAGGCCUUCAAUGUGACGGGUGAGCAGUUCUCCUAUGCUAGCGACUGUGCUGGCUUCUUCUCCCCAGGCAUCUGGAUGGGGCUGCUCACCACCCUCUUCAUGCUUUUCAUCUUCACCUAUGGCCUGCACAUGAUACUCAGCCUCAAGACCAUGGAUCGCUUUGAUGACCACAAGGGCCCCACCAUCACUUUGACACAGAUUGUGUGACCUGUGUCAGAAAGGAAUUGAGGGAGUGUUGGUGUCUAGGUUGUCAUCUUGGCACAGUGGAUGGAAGGGUUUGUCCUCUUCCUAUUAUAGCAUGAACCCUAUACUACCCUCAGCCUGUUUUGCUUCCUCUUCAACCUGCUUAGGGACUUUCCUGGGGCUAUCCCCCUUCUCUUCCAGCGAAGUGUAUAUAUAUUCUUCAUAGAUAUUAGGCAAAUCUUCCAGGUUCCACCAUCAUGAGGGGAAGGGACAUUAAUUCUAGGGUUCCUUUUCCUCCUUUCCCUCUUAUUUAUUCUUGCCCCUUGGCUACUAUCCCUUGCUGUUUAUAGUGCUUUUGUGUAAUUAAUGCUCACUCCCAAAGCUUUAUGAAUCUUUCAGCAACAGCAAUGAACUUGAAGUUUCUUGAGUUUGAGAGGUGUGAAGACUACUUAACUGUCUGUCCAGCUUGGGUAUUGUUUUUGGGUGGGUGAUGUGUUAAGAAUGAACGGUACACUGGGGUUUAUUUCUAUGGCCAGAGAAGGAAGAGACCUCUACGAGGACUGGUGAGCAGAGUGUGCUCACUGGGUUUCUGACUUGUUCCUAUUAGGAUUGCCUGUCAAGAGGCGGGGAUGGGGCUACUCUGUUGUUUCCUUCCUAAUAAAAUAAAGACGUGUUGCCAUGUG